CAACUGCGUCAGACACAACGUCUUCUAUAGACCACAUACAGCUCGACAACACAUCAAUUAACGAGUUCACAGUCUUUGACUACUUUCUAGUCGCCCAAUAUGACUUCGUUUGCGCUCUCGUCUCCAAUAAAUACUGCUCUGUUGCUCUACACCAUCUACCAAGUCCAGCGCUUGCUCUUCCCAAGCAACAAGGUCCCUCCAGCCGAGAAGACCCCUACGGAAUUCAAGCAGUCAUACUCAUGGAUGCCAGCUCAUCACCCUCCUACCUUGCUCUUCACUACCUACACUCCGAAGACCUUGGUGCCAUUUAACGGAAAGAACGAGGCAACUGGGGGGAGGAUACUCUUGGCCAUCAAGGGAACUGUGUUUGAUGUCACCGCCGGUAGGAACUUCUAUGGACCUGAUGGAAUGUACGGUAACUUCGCCGGAAGGGAUGCGUCCCGUGGCAUGGCAAAGCAAUCCUUCGACGAAGAUAUGCUGACCGAUAUUGACCAACCUUUGGACAAGCUCCAGGACCUUACCCCUGACGAAAUCGAGAACAUGAACGGUUGGUUCGACCACUUUUCGAACAAGUACAUCGUCUGCGGCCGCUUGGUCGAGAAUGGUGCCGUAUGAGUUGCGUACCUACGUACGCCUUGCCCUUGCGAUUCUUGGGCCGGUCAGUUAGUAAGCUUCGCUCAAUGGAACGAACGCUCUGUAUUGACCAGGAUUUCGAACAAGGCCAGGAAGAGUGCUUGCUAUAGAUGAUUCCCCAGUGUGAGGUCUGUUAUCGUCUUGUUUUAAAGUCGCUUGUGCCACGUGUAUGUUAUUUCUCGCCUUUCUGAUUAUGCCAGUUACCUUCCGAUUAAGACCCCUCUAGCACACGUCUAAGUGCCUGUCUUGCGUACGGC